AUGGAGUGGUUGGUGUAUUGCAUAGUUUUAUCCAUUGGAUUUCACUCAAACCCACCAAAUGACUCCUCCCACCAUAUUAUGAUGUUCCCCAAGUUUUGGACCCAAUCCGAUAUCGAUUGGUCCUUGAAAUUGGACAAUUCAGGUUCGUACGAAGUUCUUCUGAAAUGGAGUGGUUGGUACCAAGUUUUGAGGGGAAUCCAAUGGCUAAAACUAUGCAAUACCCCAACCACUCCAUUUCACAAGGAACUUGGUACGAACCUGAAUGUCCGAUUUCAAGGACCAAUCGAUAUCGGAUUGAGUCCAAAACUUGGGGAACAUCAUAAUAUGGUGGGAGGAGUCAUUUGGUGUGUUUUGAGUGAAAUCCAAUGGAUAAAACUAUGCAAUACACCAACCACUCCAUUUCAGAGCGAACUUCGUACAAACCUGAAUCGUCCAAUUUCAAGGACCAAUCGAUAUCGGAUUGAGUCCAAAACUUGGGGAACAUCAUAA